UUCCAUACGUCUUUACUAACUACCUUAUUUUUUAACAAAUUUAAUUUCAUGCCGAACGGAUCCAUUAGAAACUGCGCAAAUGCGGUAGCAGAUACCGUUCGCCAAACGUUCUCCAGAAAGACUUGGGAGCAUAAGGAACAGCUUCAAACUAUUACUGAACAGAAAAAAUUCUUCCUGCGAAAAGUGCGAUGGCAAAUUGCUAUUCUAGCUCAUUUCGGAUUCGCGAUUUCAUUUGGAAUACGGUCGAAUUUCGGUGUCGCCAAGAAUCGGAUGGUCAAUAAUUUUACAGAUGCAUAUGGAGAAGUUCAUGAACGUGAAUUCUUGUGGACAGGAGCUGAAGUUGGAAUGAUGGAGAGUUCUUUUUUCUAUGGCUACGCUGCCUCCCAAAUUCCCGCCGGUGUCCUAGCCGCCAAAUUUGCACCGAACAAAAUCUUCAUGCUAGGAAUUCUCGUCGCAUCUUUCAUGAACAUACUCUCCGCGAUUUCCUUCAACUUUCAUCCGUACACUGACAUUUUUGUGAUGGUUGUUCAAGCUGUCCAGGGAUUAGCGUUAGGGGUACUGUACCCUGCGAUGCACGGAGUUUGGAAAUUCUGGGCUCCGCCACUGGAAAGGUCCAAGCUCGCAACCACUGCCUUCACAGGGUCCUCAGUUGGUGUAAUGACUGGGUUACCUGCCUCGGCGUACCUGGUCUCUCAUUUUAGUUGGAGCACACCUUUUUAUGUGUUUGGAGUUGUGGGAAUUAUAUGGUCUCUUAUAUGGAUGUACGUGUCAUCUCAUAGUCCGGAGACUCAUGGAUACAUCAGCGAUGAUGAGAAGAAGCAGGUUACCGAGAAAAUUGGAGAUGUUGCAGUGAAGAAUAUGUCGCUCACAACACUACCAUGGCGUGACAUGAUGACCUCCUCAGCUGUUUGGGCAAUCAUUAUCUGCACAUUUUGCCGCUCCUGGGGAUUCUUCUUGCUCCUCGGAAAUCAGCUGACCUAUAUGAAAGACGUCUUGCAUAUUGAUAUUAAAAACAGCGGAUUCAUCUCAAUCUUUCCUCAAUUUGGAAUGUGUAUCGUCACAUUAGCCACCGGUCAACUCUGUGAUUACCUAAGAUCUUCUGGAAAAAUGAGCACAGAAGCCGUCAGAAAAUCAGUGAACACUUUUGGAUUCACAGUUGAAGCAAUGAUGCUAGGAUGUCUGGCGUUUGUUCGGGAUCCUGUGAUUGCGGUGACGUGCCUGGUCAUCGCGUGUACCGGAUCUGGAUCCGUACUUUCUGGAUUCAACGUCAACCAUUUCGAUAUUGCUCCAAGGUAUGCUCCGAUCCUUAUGGGAAUUGCUAACGGGCUCGGAGCAGUUGCAGGAGUUGGAGGAAUGGUAACGAAUACGGUUACCUAUCAGAACCCAGAUGGCUGGAAAUGGGUCUUUCUUUUGGCCAUGGCGAUUGAUAUUUUUGGAGUAAUUUUCUUCCUCAUUUUCGCGAAGGGUGAUGUUUUGCCGUGGGCCCGCGAGCCGGAAAAGGAGGAAACGUUCAACGAGUUUGUUCGCAGAAUGUCGAUCAAAGUGAGAAGUUUGUCUAGAAAAACAAGGAAUCGGGAAGGCGACACGAGUUAUGAAAAAAUGGAAGAAGACUCGGAGAUGAAGCCUUGCUCCAAAAAAGUAGAAGCUCGAGCUCCCGCUGAAAAAUCUGAAAGUUCUUCGUGACUUUGCACUUAUUCAAUUUUUUGUACAUUUUUUGACUGGCGAUCUCUGUCGUAACAUUGGCUGGAGUUUAAAAAUCUGAGGUCUGACGAAAUUCAUAUAAGAUCUAUAAAUGAAUGAAAUUAAUAUAAUUUGG